CACACACACACACACACACACACACUUGUGCUUUCAGGACAUCGAAACAGAGGAUAUUUCCCUAGGGAAAGAAAUCCUGCCUGGCGAGAUCUCCCCAUUGGUUGUUUACCGGAGAAAUCUACAUGUUUAAGGGGGAUGGUGUAUCCAUAAUCAGCCUGUCCCUAUAGGACUUGGGUCUUGGCGACCUUUUUGUGACCUCUCCCGCCAGAGGAGGCUGCUGUCACUUUAAAAAUUUACUGAAAGAGGAGCCCGUCUGGCUUCCGAUCACUCUGGGCGGCGGGAGAUAGCUCCCUUUCUCCCUCGCCCCGGGUUCUUUCUGGAUGGCCGAGCAGAUCCUCUUUAAAGAGACAGUUCAUGAAAUAGAAACCCGGCGGCUGCGCUUGGAGCUGCGAAAGGGGACGAUCCCGUGAGGGUCUAGGACUGGGGAAGGCGCUGCGGAGGAUCUAAAAGGGGGCUAGAGCUCCCCUCGCCUCCCCAGGCCCCCCACCUUUUCAAACUCUCCUCCUCCUCCUGCCUGUUCCCCCCCCCCCCUUGGAACUGGGAGAGAGAAGUGGAAGAAGUUUUAGUGGGUUUCAGAUAACUUUCAUUACACAUCGGGCUGAUAAGAGCAAGAGAAAGUGAGAAAAGAGGGAGGUGAUGUGAACCAGAAGGAAUAGCUCCGAGCUCAUUUAGGAAGGGGGAAAAAAAAAAAGCCAAAACACACCAAACCCGGGUCACCCAGACGAGAGGAGACUUCAUUUCUGGUCUUAAAAAUACACUGUUGGCGGACAAUAAAUCUGAAACGCGUGGUCCUGGCGAGCAGAUCCUAGAGACGGACAAAGUUAUCAGAGACCUAUUCGGAAAUCGAGACGCGAGGCUUUCUUUUUUCUUUUUCUUUCCUUUUUUUUUUUUUCUUUUUUUAACAUCCCGAGAUGUGGUUCGGGAUCGUUUGAAAGGAUUUUCGUGCAGGAAAGCUGGGGGCAGCUGAUUAUUUUGUUUUGUUUGUUUUAAUUCUUCUGUGAUUGCCUUUUAUUGCUGAGUUGAGGCCAUAGAAAUCUUAAGAUCUUAGAUGAGUUUUGCAAUGUGAAGUUCUGCAUAGAUGCUAGUCAACCAGAUGUAGGAAGCUGGCUCAAGUACAUCAGGUUCGCUGGCUGUUAUGAUCAGCACAACCUCGUUGCAUGCCAGAUAAAUGAUCAGAUAUUUUAUAGAGUAGUCACAGACAUUGCACCGGGAGAGGAGCUCCUGCUGUUCAUGAAGAGUGAAGACUAUCCCCAUGAAACUAUGGCGCCGGAUAUCCACGAAGAACGGCAGUAUCGCUGCGAGGACUGUGACCAGCUCUUUGAGUCCAAGGCUGAACUAGCAGAUCACCAGAAGUUCCCCUGCAGUACCCCUCACUCAGCAUUUUCAAUGGUGGAAGAAGACUUUCAACAAAAACUCGAAAGUGAAAACGAUCUCCGAGACAUACAUGCAAUCCAGGAGUGUAAGGAAUGUGACCAAGUCUUCCCCGAUUUGCAAAGCCUGGAGAAACACAUGUUGUCACAUACUGAAGAGAGGGAAUACAAGUGCGAUCAGUGUCCCAAGGCAUUUAACUGGAAGUCCAAUUUAAUUCGCCACCAGAUGUCACAUGACAGUGGAAAGCACUAUGAAUGUGAAAACUGUGCCAAGGUUUUCACGGACCCUAGCAACCUUCAGCGGCACAUCCGCUCUCAGCAUGUUGGUGCCCGGGCCCACGCGUGCCCGGAGUGUGGCAAAACGUUUGCCACUUCGUCGGGCCUCAAACAACACAAGCACAUCCACAGCAGUGUGAAGCCCUUUAUCUGUGAGGUCUGCCAUAAAUCCUAUACUCAGUUUUCAAACCUUUGUCGUCAUAAGCGCAUGCAUGCUGAUUGCAGAACCCAAAUCAAGUGCAAAGACUGUGGACAAAUGUUCAGCACUACGUCUUCCUUAAAUAAACACAGGAGGUUUUGUGAGGGCAAGAACCAUUUUGCAGCAGGUGGAUUUUUUGGCCAAGGCAUUUCACUUCCUGGAACCCCCGCUAUGGAUAAAACGUCCAUGGUUAAUAUGAGUCAUGCCAACCCGGGCCUUGCUGACUAUUUUGGUGCCAAUAGGCAUCCCGCUGGUCUUACCUUUCCAACAGCUCCUGGAUUUUCUUUUAGCUUCCCUGGUCUGUUUCCUUCCGGCUUGUACCACAGGCCUCCUUUGAUACCUGCUAGUUCUCCUGUUAAAGGACUAUCAAGUACUGAACAGACAAACAAAAGUCAAAGUCCCCUCAUGACACAUCCUCAGAUACUGCCAGCUACACAGGAUAUUUUGAAGGCACUAUCUAAACACCCACCUGUAGGGGACAAUAAGCCAGUGGAGCUCCAGCCCGAGGGGUCCUCUGAAGAGAGGCCCCUUGAGAAAAUGAGUGACCAGUCAGAGAGUAGUGACCUUGAUGAUGUCAGUACACCAAGUGGCAGUGACCUGGAAACAACCUCGGGCUCUGAUCUGGAAAGUGACCUUGAAAGUGAUAAAGAGAAAUUUAAAGAAAAUGGUAAAAUGUUCAAAGACAAAGUAAGCCCUCUUCAGAAUCUGGCUUCAGGACAUAAUAGGAAAGAAUACAGCAAUCAUUCCACUUUCCCACCGUCUUUAGAGGAGCACACUGCGGUGUCAGGAGCUGUGAAUGAUUCUAUAAAGGCUAUUGCUUCUAUUGCUGAAAAAUACUUUGGUUCAACAGGACUGGUGGGGCUGCAAGACAAAAAAGUUGGAGCUUUACCUUACCCUUCCAUGUUUCCCCUCCCGUUUUUUCCAGCAUUCUCUCAAUCAAUGUACCCAUUUCCUGAUAGAGACUUGAGAUCGUUACCUUUGAAAAUGGAACCCCAAUCACCAAGUGAAGUCAAGAAACUGCAGAAGGGAAGCUCUGAGUCUCCCUUUGAUCUCACCACUAAGCGAAAGGACGAGAAGCCCUUGACUCCAGGACCCUCCAAGCCUCCAGCAACACCUGCCACAAGCCAAGACCAGCCCCUGGAUCUAAGUAUGGGCAGUAGGAGUAGAGCCAGUGGAACAAAGCUGGCCGAGCCCCGUAAAAACCAUGUGUUUGGGGAAAAGAAAGGAAGCAACGUUGAACCGAGACCCGCAUCGGACAGUUCCUUGCAGCACGCUAGACCCACUCCUUUCUUUAUGGACCCGAUUUACAGAGUAGAGAAAAGAAAACUAACUGACCCACUUGAAGCUUUAAAAGAGAAAUACUUGAGACCUUCUCCAGGAUUCUUAUUUCACCCACAAAUGUCAGCUAUUGAAAACAUGGCGGAGAAGCUAGAGAGCUUCAGUGCCCUGAAACCGGAGGCCAGUGAACUUCUGCAGUCAGUUCCCUCCAUGUUCAACUUCAGAGCACCUCCCAAUGCCCUGCCGGAGAACCUCCUGCGGAAAGGGAAAGAACGCUACACCUGCAGAUACUGUGGCAAGAUUUUUCCAAGGUCUGCGAACUUAACACGGCACUUGAGAACCCACACAGGAGAGCAGCCUUACAGAUGCAAAUACUGUGACAGAUCCUUUAGCAUCUCUUCCAACUUGCAGAGGCAUGUUCGUAACAUCCACAAUAAGGAGAAGCCCUUUAAGUGUCACUUAUGUGAUAGGUGUUUUGGUCAACAAACCAACUUAGACAGACACCUAAAGAAACAUGAGAAUGGGAACAUGUCUGGUACGGCUACAUCGUCGCCUCAUUCCGAACUGGAAAGUACAGGCGCGAUUCUCGAUGACAAAGAAGAUGCUUACUUCACAGAAAUCCGCAAUUUCAUUGGGAAUAGCAACCACAGCAGCCAGUCUCCCAGGAACACAGAGGAGAGAAUGAACGGCAGCCAUUUUAAGGAUGAGAAAGCUUUGGUAACGAGCCAAAAUUCAGAUUUACUGGAUGAUGAAGAAGUAGAAGAUGAGGUGUUGUUAGAUGAGGAGGAUGACGACAACGAUAUUACUGGAAAAACAGGAAAAGAACCAGGGACAAGCAAUUUACAUGAAGGAAACCCUGAGGAUGACUAUGAAGAAGCCAAUGCCCUGGAGAUGAGUUGCAAAACGUCCCCAGUGAGGUAUAAAGAGGAAGAAUAUAAAACUGGACUUUCUGCUCUAGAUCAUAUAAGGCACUUCACAGAUAGCCUCAAAAUGAGGAAACUGGAAGAUAAUCAAUAUACUGAAGCUGAGCUGUCUUCUUUUAGUGCUUCCCAUGUGCCGGAGGAACUUAAACAGCCGUUACACAGAAAGUCCAAAUCACAGGCAUAUGCUAUGAUGUUGUCAUUGUCCGACAAGGAGUCCCUCCAUUCUACAUCCCACAGUUCUUCCAACGUGUGGCACAGUAUGGCAAGGGCUGCGGCGGAAUCCAGUGCCAUCCAGUCCAUAAGCCACGUAUGACAUUACCAAGGUCGACCAGAGUGGGACCAAGUCCAACAGUAGCAUGGCUCUUUCAUCUAGGACUAUUUAAAAGACUGCUGAGCAGAAUGCCUUAGAAACCUGAAGGGUCACUCAUUUAAAGUCUGGUGACCUUAAACUGAAUGCUUAAAAAAAAGAAAGG